AUGGCGCUGCCCAUGCGCACCCGACCCAACCAACGGCCGCCCCCCACGCCGCUGGCCGACAUCGUGCCACUGCUCCUGGCGCCGGAGUCGCUCCUGAGCAAGCACCAGCUCUUCCGGUACCGCGCCGCGGCCAGCCCCCUGGCCAUGGGGCUCCUUUCGACCGGGCCCAACCCCUUCUGGCCGCUGCUGCCGAUCGACCUGCGCCGGCCCAUGAUGUGGCAGCUGGUCCAGGCCAGCAUCCAAAGCCGGAUAUCCACCAUGACCCUGCAGCGCCAGCGCCCGCAGCCCCUGUCCCUCACCACCCGGCGCUGGUCCAACACCCUCCUGGGGCAGGCCCUCCUCCGGCACUAUGUCGAAGAGCACCCGAGCCUGAUGACCCACUCGCCCAAUCAGAUUGGCAGCUUCCACCGGCGCCGGCACAUCCGCAUGAUGGCCCGGCUCAUUCGCGACGCCUCGGCCUCGGUCAACCUGCUGAUGAUGAAGUCCCAGCCGGCCUACCUGAACCGCAUGAAUGUCACCCCCAGCGAGUACCAGGUCCUGGUGCGCGCGGCCCAGGACAGCGGCUUCUCCGAGCCGGUCAGCUCCAUGGCCCGGCGCUUUUACCUCCCGGCCACGUCCAUCCUCCAGGCCCUGAAGCACGCCUUCCCCGCCUACAAGUACAUCAAUCGCCAGUGGAACUUGCCCUUCGAGAUCCGCAGCCAAAUCCUGCUCAUGGCCCGGCACUCCCUGCGCCUGGUCAGCCUGGAAGACAUCGGCACCCGCCUCGGCCUGCCGACCAAGGUGGUGGGCGAGCUGCUGCUGUGGUACCUGCCCGGCACGCCGCUCCUCCACUUCAGCCGCGAGACCGUCAACUUCACCCGGCGCCCGGUGUCCGACAUGAGCCAGGCCUUUGCCACCUUCCUGUCGCUGGCCCGGCAGUCGGAAUACGGGGCCGCCGAGUCCAAUGCGCUGCAGCUGUCCCUCGAGGAUGCCUUCCUGGCCGGGCCGGCAUCCUCCCCCGGGGGCAAUGGCUCUUCUUCGGCAGGCCCGCGGCCGGCCUCGUGGUCGAAUGCCGGCGCCUGCUCGGCGGGCGCUUCGCCGGCGGACCCGGCCUCGAGCCUGGUCCCGGCGCCGGGCUCCGGCUCCCCCUCGGCCCGCCAUCAGAAGGCCCUUUCCCUGCACCUUGCCCGGCGCCGGAAGAAGGACCCUCGCAAGCAUGCCGCCGCCCUGGAGCAGCAGGGGCCGCACCCGGACCACCAGCCGGACACCCCGGCCGGCAGGCUCACCAUGCUGGCCAAUCGCGCCGGCAUUCCGCUGAUCUUCGCCGAGGCCCUGCUGCUGCUGCACCUGCCGGAGCAUCCGCUCCUCGAGGGGUCUCCCCUGGCCCGGGUGGCCAUCCCGGUGCAUGAGCGCCUCGACCGGUUGGGAUCCUCGCACUUGCCGAAUCCCGACCACCUGGCCCGGCGAUUCCGCCUCUCGCGCAGCAUGGCCAAUUUGGUCCUGCUCACAUACCUGCCGCUGGUGCCCGGCAACGAGGGGGCCCCCCUGGCGGACCCGGCCGGGCCGGCGCCGGAGCAUUCGGACUUCGCCGGCGGGGGGCCCGGCGGCCCCUCCCCGGGCCGGCGAAGCACCAUCGACGACCUGAUCCGCGGCAGCGGCGUGCAGGCCAUCCAAAUUGCCUCGAGGCUCAUGCGGCUGCCUCCCCCCGGGCCGCAGCCCUACGAGGCCGGGACCACCGGCGAUCCGGACUUCGGCGCGGACCCCGCCGGCAUCGAGGCCAUCAUGCUCGCCGCCGGGGCCGACUCCAUGGGCGCCUCCACGGCCCAGGCCGCGGCCCGGGCCGCCAAAGACCUCCGGUCCCGGAAGCGCAUCCGGUCCUACGCCCACCCGCAGGAUGUCCCCUCGACCGACCCGCUCUACCACUCGGUCCAGCGGGCCAUGCGCCUGCCGUACGACGAGCUGCAGACCCCCACCGAGCGGGCGCUCUUCCUCCUGUGGAACCGCAGCGGGGUGUCCCUCUCCCAGCGGGAGAUCUCCAACCUGUCGAACCUCUACCCGAUGGCCGUGCACCGGCUGGCCAAGCGCUAUGCCCCGAACUUCGAGAGCCCCUACAUCUACCGGCUCCCGACCGACCUGAUCCGGCGCAUUGUCGAGCUCGGGUCGCGCGUCGACGACCAGGGCCGGCGCCUCUUCAGCCUGACCGACCUGCAGCUCAUCACCAAGGCCGAUGUGGCCACCCUGCACUACAACCUCAAUCGCUACAUCCCGGGCUGGUCGAAUCUGCCCCAGCGCUCGCGCAACUCCGGCCAGCGCCUGAUCGCCGAGCAGGAGCUGUUCAAGGGCGGCCCGGUGCACACCAAGUCCCCGGUGUUGGCCCGGCGCCCGAAUGUGGUCAUCCGGGUGUAG